GAUGUGUUGAUGUAUGUUCCCGUUGUAAGAUGUAUUACUGCUCUAAUGUCUGCCAGAAAAUGGACUGGCCGAGACAUAUGGAGAUCUGCACCGCCAUAAGGCAGUUUUAUGAAAAUGAUGCUGACCUUUCCAGCAUUCCUCAUGGUAAUAUUCUGCACAGCUCCAACAGUGCCUUCUUUGAUGAUUUAGAAAACAGUCACUCACAGAUGCGUAUGACUCACAGGAAUGGUAGAAGUCAUAGCAGCAGUAGUAGUAGUAGUAUGUUUGAAGAGAAAGGCCAAGAAAUGAGUCAUUUCAAAGAAAAUAAUAAUGGGAUAUCUUCCACUAGUAAUGAGCAUGUUGGUCGCUACCGCGGACCUUCUACCAGUUCUCAACAUGCUGACCGCUACCGCGGACCUUCCACCAGUUCUCAACAUGCUGACCGCUACCGUGGACCUCCCACCAAUACUGAACAGGUUGAUCGUUAUCAUGGGACUUACGAUGAUCAUGCAGAGUUCCCUAGGCGUUCCACUAGUCCGAAACACUUUGAUUACUACCAUGGGCCUUCUGCCACUGUUGAACAUUUGGAUCCUUCCUUAAAGGCUGCUGAAGCCCAGAAUUUUUCAAAGGACAUGUUUAAAAACAAUUUUAACAAGACCGAAUCUCAGAAAGGGAAGACUGUUUUCUCGGAUGAGUCUGUCCAACUUAAGAUUGUAAGCAGUAACAAUAACAGCAAGAAAAAUGUUCCGAGCAGUCAUGAGCGUGCCUUUCAUAGACACCAAGAUGAAAGAUCAAACACUCCUGUUUCUCAGAAAGGUAGCAAGCCUGCAUAUAACAGAAAUAAUUCAAAUAGCAGAAACGUUGAAACCAAAGAGGCAUUUCCUAGAACACAAGCUGUGCCGGUGAGUUCAAACCAACAAACCCGAGUGAAAGACAUAGUACCACCAAUGAAAACACGGGGCGAAGAAACUGUGGCAAAUAAGAGAAACCAAGAUUUUCAGAGCAAACAAAAAGAAGACAAAAUAACACCAGUCGCAGUAGAAAAAAGUGAGAAACUAUCAGCUGUGGAACUAACACUGGCUGUCAAGUCAUCAGGACAGUGUUAUCUGACCUACUUUGAGAGUCCAUACAAGUUUUGGAUAUCGCUUGAGGAAUACUUGGAUGUCUUCACAGAGAAUUCAAGGAUAAUGGAAAAGGCAAUUUCAGAAAAUGGCACAACUCCAGCUGUAAUUAAAGUUGGCGAGACAUACGGUGUCAUGUUCAUGGCAGAGUGGUGCCGCGUGACAGUGACAUCUGUAAAAGGCAAAGAAAUAACCGUCUUCUUUGUUGACUUUGGUAAUCAGGCAACUGUGAAACAGGAGGACUUGAGACUUCUAACUGUUGAGAUGUUACAGCUGCCAGCUCAGGCUGUGUGUUGUUGCAUCAGCAAGUUAAAACCAAAAGGUUGCGAUUCUUGGAGCGAGGCAGCAUCAUUAGCUGCCCAGCAAUGGCUGGGAGCACCGCUGAGUAAAUUUCUGCAGUUUGAAGUUGUUGCAAAAAGAGGUUCUGUUCAUGCCGUGAAUAUCUCUUACAAAAAAGAAACAAUGAGCGGUGUACUUCUGGCUGGAGGCUUUGGUGAGAAAGUUGACACAGAGCCUGGACUGCCUAGUUUAACCAGCAGUACUGCAAGGAUUAUGGCAGCUUCUUUAAAGAGUAGGAUAGAUGGAAUGAAAAAUGGCUUACAGAUUACCGGAGAAUUUACAGACUUCACCUCAUCGGACAGAUUUAUUGUUGUAGAUCUGGCAGCUGCGGAGUUGAUGGCUGAACUUACCUCAACACUUCAGGCAGAAUAUAAGAACAGCACUGUCCCUUACAGACCAGUUCAAGGUGAGCUUGUAGCUGCACAGUUUUCAGCUGAUGGGAGCUGGUACAGAGCUGAAGUAACCAACAUUGAUGGGGACAGUUGUACUUUGUACUUUGUGGAUUAUGGGAACUCUGAGGUGCAGAAGGUGGAGAACAUUAGACAGCUGACUAAUAAGUUCCUUAUUGAAACUCCAAAACAGGCUCUUGUAUGUAGCCUGUCUACUGCACAGCCUUUGUCCAGAUAUGAAUCCAAGAUUGUUGACGAGGAAUUCAGAAAGCUUUUAGGUUCAGCUUUGAGCAUUGAAGGAAAUGUCUCUAUGCUAGUCAAAGGCAAAACAAAUGAGGCUCUUUUAGUAGAUAUCUUAAAUCAGUCUGAGCAAUCCUUAUCUGAUCAGCUUAUUGAUAAACUUUCUGAGUUAUCUAUUCAGACGCAAAAUACGCAUUCCGAGGUUGGAAAAAAUGAAUCACAGACGAACAAACUGCCCUCUACUCCUUCGAAAGUUGUUUUGGAAAAAAUGGCCACAUUGUCAGAGCUAGGAAAAGAGACUCUUGCAAUGGAAAUUGGGGCAACUGUCAGUGUUGUCGUAUCUUCUUGUGAAAGCUCAGCAGAAUUUUAUGUGCGGCUGAACAACAAAUGCGGAUUGUUCAUUGACAUGAUGAAGAAGCUGGACAAGUCUAUUGCAUCAUCACCGAGACUCACUGCUCCCUCAGUAGGCAGCCUGGCAGCAGUCCUGUUCAGUGAACACCACAUCUGGUGCAGGGGUGUUGUCGAGAGCAUUGAGGGCAGCAAGUGUUCAGUUCGUUUUAUUGACUAUGGAAACUCCGAAGAAAAAUUACUAUCAGCCUUGAAAGUGCUGCCAUCUUCGGUGUGUGAUUUGCCUGCUCAAGCCAUAAGGUGCCGUUUGGAAGGGAGGCUGCAGACGUCCCCUGUGUUUGAUCAGAAAUUCAAAGAUGUUAUGAAGCAGAGUGCUGUAGAUGUGAAAGUUUGUGAAAAUGACUCUGGAGGUUUUUCCGUUCACGUUUUCCAAGAUGGCGUUGACAUUGGUGCAGCUCUACUUGAUUCUUGCAGCCAGCCUACUGUGGAGCCAGUUUCUGCAGUCAAAAAUCCAACCACUGUCUUGGUCAUUCCCAUGGAAACAUUGCCAGCUACCGGUGAGCCAGUGGCAGCCGUGGUAACUCAUAUUGAUUCCUUCUCCAAGCUGUUCAUUACCUGCAAGGAUGUCACUGAAGUGAUGAUCCAGUUGUUCAGGUCUGCAGACUCUUUGCCAGUCUUGAGCAAUCCAGCUGUCGGCGCAGCCUGUGCAGCUCAGUACAGCCAGGACAGUACCUGGUACAGGGCUCGUAUUGUUGGGAUUAAAAGUCCCAAAACCUGCAUUGUCCAGUUUUUGGACUAUGGCAAUUCAGAGGAGACUUCAAUGUCAAAUCUACGAGAGCUUGGUCCAGAUUUGAGUAAACUUCCUGGCCAGGCCAUUUGUUGUUGUCUGUUUGGAUAUGAACCAGAAUCUGGUUCACAGAGACCAAUGUCUGAUGCCACAGAAAUGAUAAACAAACUGCGGCUUGAAUUGCUGGAAAAAACGGUCACUGUCAGAGUUGUGGACAGAAAAUCUGACACCUGGAUUGUGAAACUGGAGAAUGAACACGGUGAAUGCAUUAACACAAAAUAUCAGCCAGCAUCGUCUGCAAUUACAAGCACCCCCAAGUUAUCAGAUAUAACCUUUGAGCAUCCACCAGACACAGAGUUUGAAGCUGUCAUCAUACACAUCAAUAGCCUCAGUGAUUUCUACUGUCAGAUGUAUGAUGCAGAAAAGUUAACAGAGCUGGAUACUCUGAGUGAGCAUCUGAGAGAUGAUGUGUCUAGACUAGGAGAAAACAUUCAGCUUGAUCCAGUCGUUAAUGGAGUUUACACAAGCCAAUUUAUGGGUACCUGGUACCGGUGUGUUGUUGAGGAGGUGAGAAAUACACAUGUGCUGAUCAGGUACAUUGAUUAUGGCAACAGUGAGGAGAUCCUUGCAAGUCAGCUCCGACCAUUGUGUCCUGAGAGACUCAAGUUACCAGUCAGGCUCCAGAGAUGCAGACUGAAUGGUGUAAUUCCUGUACAUGAAAACUGGAGUAACCCAGACAUGCCAGCCUACCUGGCAAUCUUACGCCAGAAUAAGGUUGACCUGGUAAUUGAGAGCAGAGACGCCGAUGUCUUCCAUGUUUCUCUCUUCAUUUUGCAAGACGGUGAAAAGAUCAAUGUGGCAGCAGAUUUAGUCAACAUAGGCCUGGCCAAGUUUUUACAGGUUGUGUCACCACAAAAAGAUGAGAGCAAGUCCUUGACGUCAGGCCCACAGAAACCUGAACAGUCAGCCAACGAACAAGAUGAAGAAGGUGAUGAUGCUGAAAACAUUGAUGAGCUGCGCAGACAGUUUGAGGAAUUGCAACUGAAGCUGAAGAUGGCAGAAGAAAAGAAGAAGAAAAAGUAG